UUUCGCACUGCUGGAGAGUCGCCUUUGGGCGGAAGUGGCUUCGUAGAGCCGGACAAGCGAGAUGGGGGUGAAGCUAGAGGUGUUUCGGAUGUCACUCUAUCUCACUUUCCCCGUCGUUAUGUUCUGGAUCUCCAAUCAGGCAGAGUGGUUUGAAGACUAUGUUAUCCAGCGCAAGAGGGAGCUGUGGCCACGAGAGAAGGAGGAUCAGCGCCAGGAGCUAGAAGAAUUCAAACAGAAGAUCCGGAAGCAGAGGGAAGAGAGACUUCUUCAAGCUUCUCAGCAGAGCUCCUGAGACCUCCAAAUUCUCAAGUCCCCAGCCCCACCACCCAGGAAAUAACACACACUCAAUUCUUCGUUACUAGUGCCAAGUGUUUUAUUGUUGUUUUCAGGGGCCAGUCUGGGGGCCCAGGAUGGCUAGAACUCUCAAGGAGCUUGUGUCUGGGGUUGGGGGCUGCUGUUCCUGCGGAAGCCAAGUGCAGCAGGGUCCUGAGGGGUGAGCAGGGGUUGAGGGCUGAGAGUCCCAGGUCGUUUCUGCAUUCCAUCCUGUGGAUGAAGAAGAGUCAAAGAGGGAGGAGACCAAGAAAGUACAAGCCAGAGGUGCCUUCAAACAACAUUUUUUUUUUUUUUUUUUGUCUGCCUUUGUCUGUCAAUCAGGGUUGUAUUUGGUGUGACAUGGUCAGCUCUCAGUGGGUUCUUGAUCAGAACUUGGGCUAUUGGUUUACACCCGUCAUCCCAACAUUCAAGAAGAGGCUAGAGAAUUAUCUCAAGUUCAAAGCCACCCUGGUCUACACAGAAAAUUUCAAGCUCACAACCCUGACUCAAAAACAAACAAAUAAAUGUGCUGAGGGGAUAACUCAGUCAUUAAAAUCCUUGUUAUAUGUACAUGAAGACCUGAGUUUAUUCCCCAACCCCAAAGUGAAAAGCCAGAUGUGGCCUUAUGCACUUGUAAUCUCAGUGCAUGUGUAGAGUCAGGGGGAUCUCUAGGGUUUUCUGGCCAGAGAGCCUGGUCUACUUGAUGAGUUCCAGGGCAGCAAAAGAUCCUGUCUCAAAUAACAAGGUGAUGGCGCCUGAGGAACAUUAUUGAGGUUGACUUCUGGCAAGUGGACCUGUAACAUGUAUGCUAGUGUACACAAACACAGCAUUGGGAGUACAGCUCAGUUGACAGAGAGUGCACCAAAGUUCUGGAUUCCAUCCCCAACCACACAGAUGCUCUUGGUGGCUCACACCAGUAACAUUAGCACCUAGGAGGUACAUAUAGGAAAAUUAAAAGUCUAAAGUCAUCAUUGGCUUGUGCAUUUGAGGUCACCUGGAGCUACAUGAAACCCUAUUUCAAAAACAAUAAAACAAAACACACCAAUACAGAA